GCAUUGGAUAAAUUAAUGCAAUUUUACUCCAUAACAUUUUUAUAUAUCGCAACAUUCGUAGUCCAAAUGAAUAUACAACAAACAUGUGUUUUAAAAUAAAUAAUUUUACUGUUGUUUCUAAUUACUUUGUGUGUGUGACAAGUGUAAAAGUAUUCAGGAAGCCACUUCUUCAUGUAUGUGCGAACCAAUAAUAUACCUAGAAAUUAGAUUUAAGUGGUAUAAAAGAGAUUAGCAACUAAUUCGUCCGACACUCGACAACGUCGCACCAAAAUGGACCUACUAGAGCCGAUCACCAAGCACAUAUCAAGAAUAACCAAGCUACGGAUAUCUAAGCCACCGGAAGAACUCAACGAAAAAAGAAAACAACAUCCGUACCAAAGGAGCUCGUCACCGGAACUCAAGGCAGUGAAUCCGUUCGACUACUUCGAAUCCAGGAACAACGAUCCGAUUUACUUCAAGUGGUGCGAGUACCUGUCGUGUCCGCCGACCAAGAUAAAGCUACGAGGAAGGCGGCGUCCACCUCCCGGAAUCAUUUCCGGGAAUCUGGUGCCGUUCGUCGAACCCGAACUGCUAGAUGUCGGCCAGCAAACGCUUGAAGACGUUUCGGAGCAGUGCAGCAUCGGGAAGAGGGUCCUUUCGGAUUUGGACGACACGUUCAAGAAUUGGUUGGAAAAUGCGGACUCCGACGACAAGGACUGUUACAAUGGGCUCAAGAAAUGCCAUUGUAAGGAGGCAAUCAAGAUGAUUGUGAAAAAAAACCCCAGGAAGCACGACAGUGCGGAGAAAAAUUUAGAUGGCCGAGACACAGUGGAUUUUGUUAAAAGCAGAACCUCAAAUUGUUACAGUGCAGUCAAGAGAGUUAUAGAUAAUAAGCCUGAUAUACUCAGAGGGAUUGACUAAAUUUUUUAUACCAAAUGUAUUUAUUUAAUUGCUAAUUUGUCUAUACACGUACUAUAAUAAGUUUAUCGUAGAAAUUAAAGUUUUAGUUUUAACUGACUUUUCUAAUUAUUAAAUGCUCACAUGCAACAAAAAUAGAUAUGGCAUUAUACACACAACAGUAAAAUACUGUAUGAAUAAUGUAACACAAUUAAAAAAAGUUUGGGCUUAAUUUGAAUAGGUCAUAUCUAUAAUUGUUCUAAAAAAUUCAUACCAUUUUAUCAUAAUAAUAACCUAGAAUUAAUGUAAAUAAUUUUAUAACAGAAGUGGUGAUUUUAAUUUUAUGAAUGAUAAAUUCUUAAUAUGACUAUUUUUUACCUACAGAAAAUUUAAAUCCUUAAUUUUCUUGACAGUAUUGCUAUAAAUUGUGAGUUCAUUCUAUUAACGACACCAUUGUCAAGACGUUCACCAUGGCAUUGACUUCAACAGUAAUCGUCCAAAAAAUCUGGAAAUUAUGUAGAGAUUAUUUCCAACCACCUUAUGAAAAAUGCCAAUCUGUAAAACGUGGCAGAACAGAAAUUGAAGAUGAUGAGGUUCCUUAUAAAAAGUUUAGAUCAUCCUUAGAAGAAGAUAUAGGUCAUACGAUGGAACAGUUCCAUCAAGUUCCGGUAGAAAGAAGAUUGUUCAAAUUAAGAACUGAUACAAAGGAUAGACAAUACAUUUGUGCUAGAAGAAUUAACGAACGAAUGAAUUUGGAUUUUGAAUAUUCAGAGUGGAAGAAAGGAUUGGUAAAAUCCAACAGUUUUUCAACACCAACCAAGGUGAAAUAUACGAAUAUAUGAACAAUAAA